AUGCUUCAGAAGUGGAAGAAGAACAACUCUAAACAGGCUAGGAAUAAAGUUAAUUAUGAGUUGAAAAGGUGUAAAUAUAAUUAUGAAAGAAAUCUGGCAACAAAGAUCAAAGACGACUCUAAAGUGUUUUGGAAGUAUGUGAGGCAAAAUACAAAAACUGAUGUAACAGUUGGCUCAUUAGAAGAUGAGUAUGGAAAAUGUGUCCAGGAGGAUGGUGAGAGAGCUAGAAUACUGAACAAACAACUUUGUUCUGUUUUUACAGUUGAAGAUGUAAAUAACAUACCAAAUUUUGAGGAUAGACCCUACCUUACAAUUUUAGAAGAAAUCAACAUACGCGAGGACGAUGUUAAGAAACAUAUACAAACAUUAAAUCCCAAAAAAGCAGUAGGACCAGAUGGGAUUCAUCCUAGAGUUGUCAAAGAAUGCAUCGAUCCUAUAUCUGUUUUGCUGAGGAGAAUAUUUAUUAAGACCUUGAAUGAAGGGGAAUUGCCCAUUGAAUGGAAGGACGCCAAUGUGACAGCACUAUAUAAGAGUGGUAAAAGAAGUAAACCAGAAAACUAUAGACCUAUAAGUGACACUUCUAUUUGUUGUUGGCUUUUGGAAAGAAUAAUAAGAGAGGCAAUAGUUUAA